ACGAGCCUUCUUCGAAUUGGAUCCUUCAUCUGAUUCUUCUAUGGUUCGAGAAGAUGUCUUCUUCUUUGACUCUUCCAUGAUGCUUUCACUACAGUAAUAACUCCCAAGGACUUGUCCUUCUUCCAAACGAUGUGCAUGCUGGGCGGGAGGUUCAUGUUGCGGGAAACUCGUGCCUGAGGAAAAGAUACGAUCAGAUCUCACCCAGUCCCGAACUUACGGGACGGGUCCGUGCGUCAGCCGUCAUUGCAGCAGCGGCAAUGGCACAAAAGCCAACAUCAGCAGCCGUCGUUCUCAUUCGGUUGUAGCUGACUUCAUCUUUGCGUUCUUUGCUUGGUUUUUAGUUGGUUGGUUAGUUGGUUAACCAUGGGCUUCAUAUCAGGAAUGAUCGGAGCGGGUGUCUUUGUUGGACUGCAAGUCAGGUCCAACGCCAUGAUGAAGAUUCCUUUGAGUCGAGACCCUUGGCUUCAUGUGACGUACGGCAUCAUCGGCUUUGCGGUUGGAAAUUGGUAUCCCAAGGCCGAGAAGCAGUUGCUGUUGGAUAUUAACGAGAUUCGUGCAGACCGUGGUCUUCCUCCGCUCGUUGGUUCCAACAAUUGGAUCCGAUACCAGCGCCCCGACGGAGAAGUUGCUCCCUUGUGGAAUACCAACGCCAGGAUCCCAGAGAGUGAAUAUCCCAAAUGGAGAUACUAGGAAGCGAACUUGCACCAAUUGUCAGUGCAUUCCAAAUCAAUCAUUUAAUUUAUGGAAUUUAAUUAAGCAAACAGUCUACAUCG